GCAGGUAAAGUUCAGGAAUCCCCGAAGAGGAGAAUGGCCCGAACCAAGCAAACCGCGCGCAAGUCAACGGGUGGGAAAGCUCCCCGCAAACAGCUGGCCACCAAAGCGGCGCGGAAGAGCGCUCCAGCCACGGGCGGAGUGAAGAAGCCUCAUCGCUAUCGGCCUGGUACCGUGGCUCUGAGGGAGAUCCGGCGCUACCAGAAAUCCACCGAGCUGCUCAUUCGUAAGCUUCCAUUCCAGCGCCUGGUCCGAGAAAUCGCUCAGGAUUUCAAGACCGACCUGCGCUUCCAGAGCUCAGCCGUCAUGGCCCUGCAAGAGGCCAGUGAAGCCUACUUAGUUGGGCUCUUUGAGGACACUAACCUGUGCGCCAUCCACGCUAAGCGAGUCACCAUCAUGCCCAAAGACAUCCAGUUAGCCCGCCGCAUCCGCGGAGAGCGCGCCUAA